UUGUGAAUUGUUUAUCCGCGAUUCUCGUAUGUUGUUUUAUUACAAAAUGGCGGUUUCGAUUGGAAAAUUUGACUGUUAACCAAAGAAUUUUAAUUAGCAUUGCAAAUAUUUCAAUUAUAUAUAUAUCAAAAUCAAUAAUAUUUUGCUCUUAUAAACAAGUUGAUGAAGGACGAUUUAGUGUGAACCAGUUUGUUGUAUAAACAUCAAGUUUGAUCAAAAUUUUUCUUAAAUUCCAUAAUAAUAAUAAAUUGUGCGAAUUAAUAAUUGAUACGCAAUCAGUGUUAAAGCAUGAAGUUUAUCGGAGUGACUCGUUUCGUCUCAUGUUCUUUGCUGAUACAUGUUGCCAUUUCUAGUACCGUUUUUAUAUCGGAUUUCGGUAUGUCCAAAAUGAUCGAACUCAGUACAAAAUCCCCUUAUUGCGUGGUGCAAGUUGAUAGAGGUAAAAUUAGAGACAAAUUAUUAGCGUCCGAUCCUCGUAGAGUAAGAAAAAUGUCCGACGAAUCAGUAGAAAAUUUAAUAAAAGUUUGUAAUAAGAGUAUUCAGUCACCGCAUCAAGGCGGGUUUAUAUACCCGGGAACAAAAUGGUGCGGACCUGGAAACAAAGCUAGAGAUUAUUCCGAUUUGGGUUUUCAUUCUAAAGAAGAUAUUUGUUGUAGAGAGCACGAUAUGUGUCCUAAAUCUUUAUCGAAAGGAGAAUGUAAACAAGGCAUUUGUAAUAAUUCGUUAUUUACCAGGUCUCAUUGUGAUUGCGACGCGGCUUUUAGGAAAUGUUUACAGAACGUAAACACGGAAACCGCCAAUACGAUCGGCGCCAUCUUUUUCAACAUAGUUCAAGUGAUCUGUUUCAAAGAGAGAACUCCAUGCACACAAUGGCAGAGUUUUUAUUCAGAUCAGUUUGAAGAGUGUCCUAUAUAUUUUGAAAGGUCGGGAAGGUUCAAUGGCACCGAAGUGGAAUACGUUGAUAGGUGGAACAAAAAAGAACAUUUCGUCAAUAAUAUUUUUAGAAAAUUCAGACUAUUAUAAUAUUAUUUUAUUUAAUCAUUUCAUUUUAUUUUUGUAUACAUUUUUAAUAUUAUAUGAAUUAUUCUGCAGUAUUUUUUAAUAAUUUCUACAUUUAAAGCGGAAAACUCGCACGACCUUGAAAAGUAAUUAAUCUAUAGCUUAGAAAAUAGCAAAUUAUGCAAUAAUUAACAUUUAUUCCAUUUAUCUUUACCAAAAAAAUACUAUACUUAUGAUAAAACUAUUUGAGAAAUGUUUAUAACCCGGUAUAAUGCUUGUCACAUAGUGUAAUUUUUUCAUUUGUCAUUUUAACACAUAUAUUAUACUUACAUGAAAGGAAAUAACUUCAGGUAUAAACCUUUUAAUGUUUUUAAAUGUUUUCUCUUCACAAGACAUUGUUUCCACUAAAAAAACGGGUAGUGGCAACUACACUGAUCACUAACUGACACUUAUAAACUAAAACUACGUUAUCUUUGACCAAAACUUCGAAAAAAGGAGCAGUUACAUCUGACACCAAAUCAGCUCUAACAAAAAACACAACAGUUAACGCAUAAUCACAAUUUCAACUCAAAAUUAUCAACAUUAAAUAUAGGUAUUAUCUAUUUUAGCACUACUUCAUGCCAACAACCACUUUUUAGGGCGAAAAACCAGUUUUAACAUAUCAUUUUGACACAUACACCCUAAUUUCAUGACAAAAACUUAACAACUCACGCGAAUAUCAAAAUGGAGGCUCCAUGGCGUCUAAGCUUAUUACGCAGAUUAUCUUAACAACGUUGCCGGACUAACAAUCUUACCAAGUUUUUACAUGUCAUGUAUAAAUAACUAUAAAAUGGUUAAUACUGUCUUUAUUAUUGCAUAUUCUAUUAAAACUUUUUCAUUUUCACAUAAACAAGAAGUUCAUUUGGCAUAUAUACACCUAUAUUUUUUAUUUAUUAUGAAUAUUUCUAAUUAAUUUCAACUUGGCAACGUCUUACAACAAUUAUGAACUGUCAAUUGUUCUUGAUGUAUAAUAUGUUGCCUACAUUUUGUUACAUGCUCAAUAGCAAUAAACAUACUUCUUUAAACAAUUUUUUGAUUUUUAUUUUAGUCAAAUUUCAUUGAGAAAAUAAAUAAUGCAUAGUGGAUUGACUCAAAAUUAUAAACAUCGUAUUAUUAUUACCCAAAUUAUUCCUAUUUUUUUUCAAUUUCAGGAAUGGUUAUACGAAAGCGGAAGGUGACGCUUUAUGUUCCCAAAUUCAUUUCAGACCUUCGGAAAAAUAUGUACCUUUAAUGCCCCUACCUUAAAAUAAACUUACGAAACGUUACAAAAUUUUCCACAACAAAAGCAAUAUCAAAGGAAAAAUGAAAACUCCGUUAUAUGUACAUAGGAGAACUUACCGAAGAAAUAUAAUCAAAUAGAUUAGAUAUAAUAGAUAAUUCUAUAUAAAACUAUUUGAAUAAGUUUCAUUCUUGCGCUGUUUAAAUACUCUAAUAAUGUACAAUACAAUAACAAAAAAAUUCGGCUCGCCCCUGCCACCUAUCGAUAGAUUCUCAACUUAUACAUUUAUAACCUAUAGUUUCCUCCUAUUUUCGGUACAUAGUAACAUAAAUAGAAGUGAGAGGUCACCACGUUUGACGAUUUAAGAAUUAAUGUCAUCAGUAAUGUCAAUCUAGUUGAAUUAUUUAAUAAAAUAGCGAAAUUGAAUUUAUCGAUAAGAAAAUUGUUUGAUAUAAAUUCGUAGUAUUAUUUCGCUAAAAUAAAAAAGUUGUUAUAUAGUAUAGUAUCGACUGGUUAAUUACAUAUCUAUGUAGUCUAUUUUUAAUAGUUUGUUGUUAAUAAAUCUGGAGCAAAUUAUUUA